AGAAUGGCUUGAAAUGUCAAUAAGUGUGACGACUAAACACCAAUCAAGAGGAAACAAUACAAAACUCUCGGCUUUGUGAAACCAUUUCCCAAAAUAUAUUACAAAUGACAACUAGCAGGAUACUACAAGAUGAUGAAUAUGACCUCAGUAAAGAGCUACAAGAAUUCGAAGACACCAAACUCGGAGUAAAGGGCUUAGUUGACUCAGGCAUAGCACAGAUUCCACGUAUUUUCCACUUCCCACCCGAGGCUCUCUUUGAUCAUGAACCUCAACAACCCAACUCAAGUAACGAUAUGAUCAUACCUGUUAUUGACCUCUCUGGCGAGCACAAGGAUCUGGUGCAGCAGCUGCGAGAUGGCUCGGCUAAGUUCGGUUUCUUUCAAGUAAUCAACCAUGGGAUUCCAAUCUCUCUCCUUGACCGUCUAAUUGAUGCUGUCAAGGCCUUCCAUGAGCUGCAGCCACAGGAAAAGAUGCAAGUUUAUCGACGAGAUAUGGUCACUGCAAGAAGUGGAGUGGGAUUCUACUCUAACUAUGACUUGUUCCAUUCUAAAGCUGCAAGCUGGCAGGAUACACUUGCAGUUCGUCUAGCUCCCAUCCCUUUUGAUCCCAAUGAAGUCCCUGAAGUUUGCAGAACUGAGGUGGUAGAGUGGGACAAGGAAGUUGAGAAUCUUGGGGAAAGACUCAUGGGAUUGCUAUGUGAAGGGUUAGGACUCAGCGCUGAUAAGUUGACAGGGAAGUCCUAUUUAGGAAGAAGAACCAUGGUCGGCCAGUAUUAUCCCUAUUGUCCAGAGCCUGAUAAAACAGUUGGGAUUGCUUCGCAUACAGAUCCUGGGAUUUUGACAGUGUUGCUGCAGGACCAAGUAGGUGGGCUGCAAGUUGAAUAUGAUGGAAAGUGGAUUGAUCUGAAACCUAUUCAUGGAGCUCUUGUUGUUAACAUUGGAGACUUAUUACAGAUAAUAUCCAAUGAUGAAUACAAGAGUGGAGAACAUCGUGUAUUUGCUAAUCCUUUCCACACACCACGAGUAUCAAAUGCUGUGUUCUUCAGCCCAGGCAUUCAUGAGAAUAUAUAUGGACCGCUGCCUGAGUUGGUGUCACCUGAAAAGCCAGCACUGUACCAACAACUCAAAUUUUCAGACUUGGUUAGGAGGUUCUUCUCAAAGGAGUUGGAGGGCAAGUCCAUGGCUAGCUACUUUCGACUGUAAACUUGGUUCAGUUAAAUACUUCAAAUUUCUAGAACUUAUUUGCAAUCGUUACAAAAUAUGGCUAAAGCAGGGCCUAAGAUCCUAAGGAAGUCCUGAUGGAGUAUAUUGUUGUAUACCAAUGUGCAAACUUGAGCUUCGAUUAUUGGAUCAGUAAUAGUUACAGUACUUUUUUCUAACUA